AGCGCGUCGCCUCCAGCCCCGGGGACCCCGCACCCACCGCCCGCUCCUCCCGGAUCAGCGGCAGCCGCCCGCAGGACCCGCCGCAAACUUUCCUGUUCCUCCCUGACCGGAAUGGAGAUUUCUUCCCACCAGGUUCACCUCCUAGAGCAGCUUAAUGAGCAACGGAAGCAGGACUUGUUCUGUGACUGCAGUAUUCUGGUAGAGGGAAAGGUCUUCAAAGCACAUCGCAAUGUGCUGUUUGCCAGCAGUGGCUAUUUCAAAAUGCUCCUUUCUCAGAGCUCGAAGGAGACAACUCAGCCAACCACAGCGACUUUUGAGGUCUUCUCACCGGAGACAUUUAUGGUUAUCCUGGACUUUGUGUAUUCAGGCAUAUUGUCCUUAACUGGUCAAAAUGUGAUCGAAGUGAUGUCAGCUGCCAGCUAUCUGCAGAUGACAGAUAUUCUUAAUGUCUGUAAGACAUUCAUUAAGUCCUCAUUGGACAUUAAUGAAAAGGAUCAUUACCUCAGCCUUUCAGCCAAAAGCACCAACAGUGAACCCACUCACCCAUCUCUUUAUCGCUCAAGAAGGAAAGCAAAGAGCAACCCAAGGCGUUCCUGCUCAGUCCCAGAGGAGAAGACUAACACGGUGAAUGAAAAUUCCUGGAGCGGUUACAACAGCUACCUGUCCUCACAGGUGAUUCUGCAGCGGGCAGAAACACAGCUCUCAAAAAGAGGGAGAAAACAGAGCACGACAAGAAAACGGCGCAAGCACCUCGGGCUGUCCCAGGGCAGGGAUUGUGCACAGCAUAAAUCACACAAAGCUGAGCGGGCCAGUGGAGACUGCAGCACAUCUGAGUCCAGUCACAUCUCUCGGGUUAGAGAGGAGGCUAAAUUUGAUGCUGAGAAUAAUGUUGAUCAUGGAUAUAAUCACGAAUCAGAAGCGGUACCAAAGAGGUGGUCUGUUGAUCAGCUAGAACAAGAGCUCUCAAGAACUCCUGAGUUCAUGGAAUUAAAGGCAGAGGAACUCUACACUUCAAUGCCUACAGUUUUAGGUGUCAUGAGUACUUGGAAUGAAGGUGACCUACCUCGGAUGCGAUUCAAGUGUCCCUUCUGCACACACACGGUGAAGCGACGAGCGGACCUGAAGCGGCACCUCCGGUGUCACACUGGCGAGCGGCCGUACCCCUGCGACGCCUGCGGGAAGCGCUUCACCCGGCUGGAGCAUUUACGGAACCACUUCCAAACGAUACACCAAGCUGGCAAACUGAUCUGCAGAAAAUGCAAGCGUCAUGUAACUGACCUAACGGGAUGUGUUGUCCAGCAAGGAACCAGACGCUACAGACUGUGCCAUAAGUGUCUAGCAGAAGCUAAUUUUGACAGCAUCCCUGAUGAUUUAGAUGCAGAACAUUCCCCUACCUCCUCCACAGGAAACAAAUGUUCCAAAUGGGCUUUGGAGGAAGAACAGAAAUCGGAUGAAGAGACAAUGGAGGAGGAACCGUAUAAUUUGGUUGUCCGACACGUCAAUAAUGACAUUCCAGAUGAGGCAGAUGAAAAGGUGAAACCAAAUCUCAGUCAUUAGGGUCAGAGAACCUCCACUUAGAGAAACUGAAAAUGCUUACAACUAAAUGAUUUAAAGAAACCAACCACGACUCAGAGAAUGCACAGGAGACCAAGAGCUGAGACUGGCCUUCAUAGUAGGUCCUCUUGAUACAGAGCCACUGCUUGUUCUCAUUCUUAUUUUGUGCUACAUUUCUUUUCCUGUUAGCAGAACCCAAAGCUGAUGUUACUGCCGAGCAACCAAAAAUUCCCUGUAGAGAAUCUGAGAAUAUUGAGUCCCACAAAGUUCUCCCCGUCUUCAACAGUUGCCAUUCAGAUACCUGGGUAAAAGUGAGAACAGGGCGAGCCUGUAAAUAACUCCCUGAUGCUCCCCCAAACUCCAGCUUUUUGAGCUUAGGGGAUUUUAUUAAUGUGAGAUUUGUAUGUUUAAUGCACAGCUUAUCCAGAUGCUUCUCCACUUUACCCAUAAACUCA